ACACGGAAAACGCGUUUCCAAACGGGCCAUGAAAGUUACCAGCUUCCUCUGCUAAGCGAAUGGCUGGAGCUGAUGAUGAACACCGUUAACUUUUCUUGAUUCAGUUUUGAAAUCUUGUCUUAUAAACCAAAAAGAUACAUAGUUGAGAAUAGUGGGAAAUGGAUUACAGAAGAAUUAAGGAUCAGAAUAAAGAACAUGAUGCAGUUCAUGAUGAUAUCGAGACCUCAAGAGGGAAACCCCUUUCAGGAUCAGCUAAUAGUAUGGUCAUGUUGGGGGGCAACUCCAGUGUCCAGUCUAAGUGGAAGCGCAAGUCAGCAGUAACACUUGCAUUGACUGUUCUCACGAGUUCGCAAGCAAUUCUCAUUGUCUGGUCGAAGAGGGCUGGAAAGUAUGAGUACAGUGUAACGACUGCAAAUUUUUUGGUAGAAGCUUUGAAAUGUGCUCUAUCACUUGCAGCCUUAACAAGAAUAUGGAGGAAUGAAGGUGUUACUGAGGAUAACAGGUUGAGUACUUCAUGGGAUGAAGUUAAUGUUUACCCCAUUCCUGCAGCUCUGUAUCUCAUCAAGAAUCUACUUCAGUAUUACAUCUUUGCAUAUGUAGAUGCCCCUGGAUAUCAAAUAUUGAAGAAUUUAAACAUUAUCAGCACAGGCAUUUUAUACCGUAUCAUUCUUAAGAAACAGUUGAGCGAGAUCCAAUGGGCAGCUUUCAUUUUGUUGUGUGCGGGAUGCACCACAGCACAACUAAACUCUAAUUCCGACCGAGUUCUGCAAACUCCUUUUCAAGGUUGGGUGAUGGCAAUUGUCAUGGCCCUUCUGAGCGGUUUUGCUGGAGUCUACACUGAGGCUAUCAUUAAAAAGCGACCUUCGAGGAAUAUUAAUGUGCAGAACUUCUGGUUGUAUGUAUUUGGGAUGGCUUUUAAUGCUAUAGCCAUACUGGUUCAAGAUUUUGAUGCGGUCAUGAACAAGGGAUUCUUCCAUGGAUAUUCUUUGGUUACAGUUCUCAUGAUUUUGAAUCAUGCUCUGAGUGGUAUUGCAGUAUCAAUGGUCAUGAAGUAUGCUGACAACAUUGUGAAGGUGUAUUCUACAUCAGUUGCAAUGCUGCUGACAGCAGUGUUAUCUGUUUUCCUCUUUGGAUUUCAUUUAUCCCUUGCCUUCUUUCUUGGUUCCACUGUUGUCUCCGUCGCAGUAUAUUUGCACUCCAUUGGGAAGCUCCAGAGAUAGUGAAUCUUAUAGUUUCAGCCAUGUUUGAGUUGUCUUUGCAAAUGCUGAUGAUUUUUCUUCUUUUUUUUUCUUUUUUUUUUUUCUUUUCAUUAUUUGUUUCUGUAUCCUUCAUCAAUUUUACAGAUAAAAAUCUUGAGUUAUGCUAUACGUCCAGGGCCCAUGUGGCCCUGGACAUGGCCCUGGACAAGAAGUUUUUUCCAAAAAUCUUAUCCCGACGUUGGGUAGCGUAUAACCUUGACGGUGUAUUUUCCUUUUUAUUGAAAAUUCAGCAACGAUGAAAAGGAAAAUUCGUGGUUGAAGGAGAUAAUAUGGUUGGCGGUAGAAGGUCAAUGUUAAAUGUAUGUUUGGCAAAUU